AUGCCUGUUCUGCUCGUGUACUUCAUCAUCCUCGCCAUCGCCGCUGGGGUCACUUUUGCGCUCUUUGGAGAGGUGGCGGAGGCAGACGUGGCGCCGACGGACGCGCUGGAGUUCUUUUCGGCUGCGACACCUAACUCCAGCAGCACCACGACGUCUUCGUUGUCUGCCGCUUCCUCGCCAGACGCGGCCGCCGGGAUGAAGGCCGGCGAUGGCGACCGUAGUGUUUGCGAAAGCCAUGCCACACCAGCCGAUGAGAGCGGCAUAACGCACAUCAAGGCGCUGUUGAUGAAGUGUGGCGUGCCACUUCAGCAGCAGGAGAUGGUCUCCUUCUUGGCCAGGCACUGCUGCAUACUGCCGGUGAAGUCGCACACCGUCCGCGUGCUGAGCCAUCCCACCGUCUUCUACGAGGAGCUGAAAAAGCGCGUCAUGGCAGCACAGCACUCCAUCACGCUCUCAGCCCUCUACAUUGGUGAUGGGCCCCUUUCGAGAGCCUUCGUGGUGUGCUUGGAGGAGCGCGUGCGAUGGGCUGCGGCAGGUGGCCACCCCUUCUCCAUCACGAUCCUGCUCGACUAUAACCGCAUGCAGGAUCGAAAGAACUUGGUGUCGUUGAAGACGCUGAUGGAGCUGGCACAGAAGACGGCAAGCACGGCCUCGCUGCCCGUUGACGCAGCGUCAGCAGGAGCGAACGCGUCCUCGCUGACGGCGCUCUCGUCAUCCUCACUGGGUAGUUCUUCAGUCUUCGAUGACGGCGAGCUGGGCGUCGCGGAGGGGGUCGAUGAUGGCAGUUCAGAUGCCGCAUCGGCUGCCACUACCACCACCAGCGCUGCUGCGUCGACUGGGGUGAGGGUGCGCCUCUUUCUCUACCAGAACCCGAGCAGGUGGAAUCGACUCUUCGCCCCCCUCGGACGAGCCAAAGAGGCGCUCGGCGUGCAGCACACGAAGAUAUUUGUCUUUGACCAGCGCCACACCAUCCUCACCGGGGCGAACCUCUCGGACGACUACUUCGCCACCCGCAUGGAUCGCUACAUGAUUGUGGAGGAUAAUACCCUCGUUGCGCGGUGGUUCACGCGGCUCGUGAACACGGUGAAUCGCGUGUCGCACCCCGUCGUCUGCCGCAAGGAGUUCGCGGAGCAGCUCCCCGGCGGUGGCGCUGCUCAUGGAAGUCGUACGCCUAACAAGGGCUGUGGGCUGUGGCAUGCUUCUCAUGCCGCUUCGUCGUUUUCAGGUGAGGCAGCAGCAGCUGUGAGCAGCUCCGCGCCGGCGCCGCUGCCAUCUCCGGUAGCUUGGAUGGUGGAGCGGGUGAGUCGUGCGGUGUCGCCGCUGUGGACGUCGGUGGUGCCGCAACGUGAGGGGUCACCGACACUGCACCGCAAGAGCGACCUUGUGAUCUUGUCAAACGCACUCAAGAUUGACCCCUCCGCUGACACCGGGCGUUUCUGCGCUCGCACCAAUUCUCUUCUGCACGACUUUGCCACAUGGGCACAGCGGAUGUGCGCGGCGGAGAACGUUGAUUGGAGUUACUACGACACGUUCUUGUUUCCUACAGUGCAGGUGGGGCGUGCGGGGGUGUACCACGACAGCGCCAUCGUGAAGCAGCUGCUGCGGCUGUCCACCGCCGAGGAACAUAUUUUUCUGACCUCGCCAUACCUGAAUAUGUACGCGUCCUUCGUGGAUGAGUUGUUGCACGGCACGAGCUACGUAGACUGCAUCACGGCGAGUGUGCAGACAAAUGGCUGGAAUGGGCAGGCGGGCAUGGCUGGCCGCAUCCCUCUCUUCUACCUGCAGCUCGAACGCUCCUUUUAUUACCUCAUGAAGGCGUACAACUGCUUGCGUCGGGUGCACAUCCGCGAGUUCUCCGUGAAGGGUUUGACCUUCCACGCUAAGGGCUUGUGGUUCGUGGGCCGGCGGUGCCAAUCAGCCGCUGUCACCACCCUAGGCAAGGACGGCGAGGACGAUGCUAGGCAGCACCACGACAGCCACGGCGCCGAUGCCGCGGCUACGGACCCGUGCGCUCCGGAGAGCAUCGCUGCCCCGUACCUUGUCGCGUACGGCAGCACCAAUUAUGGAUAUCGCUCCGUCCACAAGGACGUGGAGGCGGAGGCGUUUGUGCUAACCACGAACGACACACUGCGUGAGACGCUGCGGCAGGAGCUGCUCUUUCUCCUCCACAAGUCUGCGCGAGUCACGGAGACGCAGUUUGUGGGCACGGCGGUGGGCCGCUUCCAGCCUGUCAUCUCGCUGAUGGCUCACCUUGGCCAGGAUUUCUUGUAA